AGCGGCAAAAAAAAGUAGAAAAUUUUUCUAUCUUGUUAAUGCGAAUGCAAUAGAACGUUUAUUUUGUCGGUCAAAAAGUGUGUGUGUGCUAUGGAAACAAGUUUAGAGGAAAGUAUGGAUGCGGACAGAGCAAGUUCAAGUCCACAAGACUCGCAAGACGAAUCUCCGCCAGCAGCUGCGAUUAAUGGCAAAACAACAAUAUUGAAAGAAGGGCCCAACAAUAAUAAUGGGGUAGCUAAUGAAAAAUCAAACGCCAGUGAAGUGCAGCAAUGGAGCAAGCCUUUUAAUGCGUUUAGCGGUCGUCCAAUAGGCGAACACACGCAAAUGCAACAACAGCUCCAGCAGCAGCAACAACAACAACAGCAGCAGCAGCAGCUGCAACAACAACAACAACAGCAGCAUAUGAACACUAAUCAACCCCCACCAAGCGUUAAUGGGGUGUCACAGUCGCCACCUGAAAUUUGGGUGGAAACCAAAGCGGAAGAUGGACGCUCGUAUUAUUAUCACGCGGUAACACGUGAAACAACUUGGACGCGGCCCGAGGGCCCAAACAUCAAGAUCAUGACACAAGUGGAGGUGGAAGAGCUGGCCAAGCGCCAGCCAAAUGCUGCCAAAGCAGACGCAGCCGAACAUGGCGAUGGGCCGAAAGCAGCAGCUGUUGUUGUGCCCCAUUUGACAUCGCAACCGCCGCCACAUUUGCUAAAUCAGCCGCCACCAAAUGGCGCCACGCCGUUGCUUAGUCAACCGCCGCCCAAUGUGCGCCAGCAGCCGCCACCUAUGUUCCAGCAACAGCAGCCGCCGCCUGGCAUGCAGCCGCCACCUGGAUUUGGGCAGCCGCCGCCCUUUUGCAUGCCACCACCUGCCUAUGGCUUUCCUGGUGGGGCACCAGCCGGCCCUUGGGGCGUUGGCGUGCCGCCAUGGCAACAGCAACAACAACAGCAGCACAUGCAGCAUGCGCCGCCUGCAGCUGCGCAGCAGGAUAAGCCCGCUAAGAAUCUAAUCAUUAAGCCGGGCGUCAUUGAUCCAGCUGUUAUUGCUCGUGCCGCCGAAUGGUCCGAGCAUCGUGCACCCGACGGACGUCCUUACUACUUUCAUGCGGCACGCGGCGAGAGCGUUUGGGAGAAACCGCAGGCGUUGCGCGACAUGGAAGCCGCACGCAUGGCGGCGCAUUCGGGCGCCGCACCGCAAGGGCCGCCAGCUGGGAUGCCGCCGCACUUGCUGCCGAAUCCGUUAAUGCAUAUGCCACCUGGCGCUGGACCUGGAUUCGAUGCGCAAAUGGCUUUUGCCGCAGCAGCGGCGGCCAUGAAGGCAAACAGCGAGAACAAUAAGGCAGCGCAGGCUGCAGCAUUGGAGAAGGAAGCGAAAAAGGCGGCCGAGGAGAAACGCAAGAAGGAGGAGGAACAAAAGAAGUUGGCCGCUGCAGCCGCAGCCACAGCAAAGCAGACGGAUAAGUCGCGUCCCGUGACCAGCACUCCGAUCGCUGGAACACCUUGGUGUGUUGUUUGGACGGGCGAUGCUCGAGUGUUUUUCUACAAUCCAUCGACGCGCACUUCGGUGUGGGAUCGUCCCGAGGAUCUAAUGAAUCGCGAGGAUGUGGACAAGGCGGUGAAUGAGCGACCAGAGCAAUUAAAGACAGCCGAGGAGAAAUCAUCGGAGGCCGAGCAAAAGCCAGAAGAGAAUACAGCGACGCAAGAGCAGCAGACAACGCUGCAGCAGCAGCAACAACAGCAGUCAACGCAGCAGCCAACACAGCAGCAGCAGCGCAUGGAAGCGGAUGAGGACGAGGAUGACGAGGUGAUUAAGAUACGCACCGAGUCCGAGUCCAGUGUGGAAGAAGUGCCCACAAAGCGUGUGCGCACGUUUACCAAGGCCAAGAAGAACGAAGACGCUGUGCUGGAGGCGGAACAGCGUGCGGCCAAGGAGCGCGCUUUGGUGCCGCUGGAAACACGCGUCACACAGUUCAAGGAGAUGCUACGUGAAAAGGAUGUGUCUGCCUUUAGCACUUGGGAGAAGGAGCUGCACAAGAUUGUGUUUGAUCCACGCUACUUGCUGCUGACAUCGAAGGAACGCAAACAGGUAUUUGAAAAGUAUGUGAAGGAUCGCGCCGAGGAGGAGCGCAAGGAGAAGCGCAACAAGAUGCGACAGAAGCGCGACGAUUUUCGCAAGCUUAUGGAGGAUGCCAAGCUGCAUGGCAAAUCGUCAUUCUCGGAGUUUAGUCAACGCAAUGCCAAGGAGGAGCGCUAUCGUGCCAUUGAGAAGGUGCGUGAACGGGAAAGUCUGUUCAAUGAGUUCAUCGUUGAGGUGCGUCGUCGCGAAAAGGAAGACAAGCAGCUACGCAAAGAGCAGAUUCGAAAGGACUUUCUGGACAUGUUGCGUGAACGCCAUGACAUUGAGCGUCAUACGCGUUGGUAUGACAUCAAAAAGAAAUUCGAUUCGGAUUCGCGAUAUCGUGUUGUGGACUCCAUGUAUCGAGAGGAAUACUUUGAGGAUUAUUUACUGAUCAUGAAGGAGGAGAAGCGCAAGGAGCGUGAGCUGCGCGAUCAACGAGAUCGGGAGCGUCAACGGGAUCGUAAAUCCGAUCGACGGGAUAGGGAAAAGGACAAGGAGAAGAGUCGCAAGGACAGUCGUCGGGAUCGCAGUCGAUCAAGGGAUCGUGAACGCAAAUCCUCACGCGAUAAGGACGACAAGAACAAGGAACGCAAGAAGCAAGAGUCACCGGAGGAAGGCGAGCAUCGCGAGGACUCGGAGCAGGAGGAGCGUGCAGGUAGCGAGGACAGCGAAUUGGCGAGACAGCGCGAAAGCGAAGCCGAGCAGAAGCAAAAGGAUCGUGAGCGCAAGCUGCGCGCCGAGCAGAGCAUUCGGGAGCGUGAGAAGGAGGUGCAUCGCACUCUGGCCGGACAUUUGCGUGAUCGCGACAAGGAGCGUGAGCAUCACAAGCGUGACGAGUGCAUUGGACACUUCACGGCACUGCUGACGGAUCUGGUGCGCACUCCGGACUUUACCUGGAAAGAGGUGAAGCGUCAGCUGCGUAAAGAUCAUCGCUGGGAGCUGAUUGAGACACUCGAUCGCGAUGAUCGUGAGCGCAUUUUCAACGAGCAUAUUGACAAUCUGAUGAAAAAGAAGCGUGAAAAGUUCCGCGAGAUGCUCGAUGAGAUUGGCACUCUGCAGCUGACCAGCACCUGGAAGGAGAUUAAAAAAUUAGUCAAAGAUGAUCCCAGAUAUCUCAAAUACAGUUCGGAUAAAGGUGAGCGCGAGUAUCGCGAUUACAUUAAGGACAAAACAAUGCAGGCGAAGACUGCGCUGCGUGAACUGCUGCAGGAAUGCAAAUUCAUAACACACAAGAGCACCGAUCUCAUUAAGGAGAAUGCCAAUCAUCUGAAGGAGAUCCAGGACAUACUCAAGAACGACAAACGUUACUUGGUGCUGGAUCAUUUGGAUGAGGAGCGUAGCAGUAUUUUGCUGGCAUUCUUGGAGGAGAUGAACAAACGCGGUCCGCCACCACCGCCGACUGCCUCCGAAUCCACACGACGCAAUAAAUAAAGCGACAGCAAACAACAGCAAAACUAUUUCAUUAACAAAAGAAAAGCAAACAAAAGAAUAACUCAAAAACCAUUUAUUUUUAAGCAUUGGAAUUAUGUAGCGCCUAAAUAAAAUAUUUUAAACCUUUCACAAAACAUGUAACUACUUUACAAUAAAUACAAAAUGAAAGAAUAGACACUGGGCUCUA